CGCGACUAUUCCACACUAUGAGGCUAUGGCCCGACUGAUUGUUUCUCAAUGCCACCGAUGGGAGGUUUUUAUGUGGGAAGAGGCUUCAGAAAAGCGCCCGCUUCAGCCUACAGGUAACACCUGCGACACGACCGCGGUGCAGGAAAACGCUCCUCUUUGCCUACAGGAAGUCCUUCCCGAGGAGAUCUGGGAUGGUGCAGAACAAGACCUAACCCGGCCCCGACUGCGACGAUUUCACACCAGCGGCACGGUGAAGAGCAAUCCGUUCCGACUUCUACGAUCCUGCUCCGAAUCUUUCAGAACUUUCUCUGUCACUCCAGUCGUGCAUACCGGGAUACGCUUGCUUGAUAUUGUCUGGAACUCAUUUCACAUCAUUGAUCAUUUGUCAUUACCACGACUAAAGACAUUGGGCAUCGCUCCUCUGAACUUUUCUAAAGUUGUUGCUUUCCUCCGUCGUUCGGGGUGCACACUUGAGACAUUGCGUAUCCGAAAUCCCUGUCCGUUGGAUGCGCGUUCGACUCGGAUUCUGGAUGCAACACCUCACUUGAAAAACCUUUCCCUGCGGUGGACCAUGGAAACUGUUCCAGGAGCAAACGACGUCGGUAAUGACGUGUCUAUUCUAGACAACCUUGUCGUUCAAGAAGAUCAGCCCAUCCUCCUUCCGUCACUCGAAUCCCUUUCGAUCGAAAUAGACGAAAAUUUCCGGCCACAGGCUUUGGUACGCAUGCUGAAGUUGCGGAAUCAUCAAAAUAAGUGCCAGUUGCUGAGGAACAUGGAAAUAAGGGGGAGAGACGAGGACUUUUCGCUUGCAGGGGUGAAAUCUUAUAUGUCUGCACAUGGGAAAGAGCUUUCAAACAUUCAGAUAUCUUAUCUCUAAAGUAGUAUGCUGAGUUGGCUCAGCGUAUGUAGUGGACGUAGGUUUGUGUGCAUUUAAUGUAUUCUGAAGAG